AACCUAAAUUUCAAUGAAAAAUUGAAUAUUUAAAAAAGUAGCAGGAAAAAUAAAAUUAUUAGUUUCAACCAUUUCAAAAGUAAUGAUAUCAAUGAUACUUAUUUUCAAAAAAAAAUAAAAUCUAGUAUAAUACAAUUAGUCUGAAAAUAACUUCGUCUUCGUGAGGAAAUUACUAGUGUAUCAAAAAGAACUACAUUCUUGAAUAUUGAGGGUUUCUUCCAAUUAAUUUUGGAUUAUGGAAAAUACUCCAAGCGCUUCUAAUAAUGAAAUUGAUUCUUUAACACUUGACAACAUUUUUAAGAGAAUCAUCAGCACAAAUUCAGAAAUUGAACUAACAUUGGACAUUUUAAAUCAUGUGAUUGAAUAUGAUUUGAAUAUAAAUUUUAAUGGAUUAGAUGACGAUCAGAAGUUGGCUCUUCCCUAUAUGUUGAUGAGGUAUAUCAAAAAUUGGCCAGGAUGGUCAAGAAAAGAAGAAUAUGACAAUGGUUCUAUUGCAUUGGAAGAUUGGAUGCUUAGGUUUCGGAACUUCAUAUAUUAUAAAAUGCAGUCUUUAGUGACCAAGACAUUACCAGAUAUGGUGAAUUCACAAAAAAAAUCAAAAUUGAAUACAGUGCACGUGAAAGAUAUUAGUACACAAUCAGUAUCUCUAGGCAAUUUUAUAAAUUUCAGUAUAGAUUUGUCAGGCCCUGCUUCUCUCCUGAAUAAUUUAGUAUUUUCAGGUUAUAAAGGGCAUAUUAGAGUGGAAGAACAUGCCGAUAGACCUUGGAUUAAUUUAAAUUGUAAUGAACUUUUGAAUUAUCCAUUUAUUGAGGUAGAGUUCAAUAGUUCUGAGUUAUCAUUCAAACGAUCAUUUGAACCGAAAAUAAGUCAGUAUCUUAGCAGUUAUACAGAUUUCAAAGAGGAGGAAUCAAACUUUAUAUUAGGAAAGAAUAGUAUUAACGAUACUUCUUUGAAAUGGCCAAUUAAGAUUUCAAUCUUGGAAAAUUACAUUAAAGCUUUUAAAUCUGAAAUAAUUUCUCAGAUCCCAUCUACACAACAAGAAGAAAUCAACUGUGUAUUAGAUGAAUUUUAUCAAGAUAUGGUUGAUAUAAGUGAAAAUGAUUCUAUUUUCGAGAACUACAGGGUAACAUUUAAUAUAGGCCGAAAUGUUUAUAAAAGGACCAAGAAGAUAUCUACUGGAGGUUCCUCAUUAGAUGUUAUUUUCAAUGAAAUGGUACUACCCAAGGUCACUUUAUCAUUCAGACAUUUCACUGGCAUGCAAAACGACUCGGCAAACAAAAUUGCUGCAGAUCCAGAUAAAAUUGAUACUAAAAUGAUGUUGGCAUUCAUUCCAGUAAUAACCUAUAAAUGUCUAUUCUGCAAAUUAAAUUUUCCUGGCCAUCUUGGGCGAGCAGAUCUUGUUACACAUUUGCAACAUAAGCAUGGAAGAUCCCAAACGCUUGUUUGUUUGCAUUGCAAAAAGUGUAUCGAAGUUGCAGAAUUAUCUAGUAGGAGAUGGAAAUGUACAUGUUUCUGAACAAUAAAUCCUAAGUAUUAUAUUAUAAAUGAGUUUUAUAUAAUUUUUUAUGUAAUCGAUUGUUGUUGAUUUAUUGUUUAUCUAUAUUAUCUAUUCCUUACAGAUGAUUAAUUGACAUAUUAAACUCUGAAUUCUUA